GAGGGUUCCAGCGCCCGAGGGGGGCGGGGACUCUUAAGUCUCGAUUUUCAACCGCCUCUUCCCUUCUCCCUGCUAGGACUCUCCAAUCAGCACGCGAUGGGCGGUGAUCUCCUGUGGAGAUACUUCUUUAUUUCUUUGGGUCUCCAAACUUUCUACAUCAUCCAGCAUUCCCCAACAAAAGAUGGAAUCUAAAGUCUCUGAAGGUGGUCUGAAUGUAACUCUCACCAUCCGGUUAUUGAUGCAUGGAAAGGAAGUUGGAAGCAUCAUUGGGAAGAAAGGAGAGACAGUAAAAAAGAUGCGUGAGGAGAGUGGAGCACGAAUCAAUAUCUCAGAAGGAAAUUGUCCAGAAAGAAUUGUGACCAUUACAGGCCCUACUGAUGCCAUCUUCAAAGCUUUUGCAAUGAUUGCUUAUAAAUUUGAAGAGGAUAUAAUCAACUCAAUGAGUAACAGCACAGCUACAAGUAAGCCCCCAGUUACAUUAAGGUUGGUUGUACCAGCGAGCCAGUGUGGAUCAUUAAUUGGCAAAGGAGGCUCCAAGAUUAAAGAAAUAAGGGAGUCCACAGGUGCUCAGGUUCAGGUGGCAGGAGAUAUGCUGCCCAACUCUACGGAAAGGGCAGUGACCAUCUCAGGGACCCCUGAUGCAAUUAUCCAGUGUGUCAAACAGAUCUGUGUGGUGAUGCUGGAGUCCCCACCGAAAGGUGCCACCAUCCCCUAUCGCCCAAAGCCUGCCUCCACCCCUGUCAUUUUUGCAGGUGGUCAGGUAAGAGCCGACCCACUUGCAGCCUCCACUGCCAACCUCAGCCUUUUACUGCAGCACCAGCCGCUGCCUGCCUAUACAAUUCAAGGACAAUAUGCAAUUCCACAUCCAGAUCAGUUGACCAAGCUCCACCAGUUGGCUAUGCAGCAAACCCCCUUUACUCCCCUUGGACAGACCACCCCUGCUUUCCCUGGAGAAAAGCUGCCCUUACAUUCCUCCGAAGAAGCUCAAAAUCUGAUGGGCCAGUCCUCAGGUUUGGAUGCCAGUCCCCCGGCCAGUACUCAUGAACUCACCAUUCCCAAUGAUUUAAUAGGCUGCAUAAUUGGACGCCAAGGGACCAAAAUUAAUGAAAUCAGGCAGAUGUCUGGAGCACAGAUCAAAAUCGCCAAUGCCACAGAAGGCUCAUCAGAGCGUCAGAUUACCAUCACAGGAACCCCAGCUAACAUCAGCCUUGCUCAGUACCUCAUCAAUGCCAGGCUGACGUCUGAGGUCACUGGAAUGGGCACACUCUAAUUUGUCCCUGUCAUCCUUCAUUCUGCAUCACCCGAUUCCAUCAAGUUAAUGAUCCUUCAUUCAGCUUGUACAGUCUGCAUAUUUACUGCUUCACACACCCGUCUUAUCUCUUAGGACAUUUUUCUUCCAAAAGGAAUGUGUGCACGCACAUCCACACUCCCCUGCCCAUGUUAAUAAGGGUCUUCAUGAGUUGCAUUUUGUGCUCCUGAUUUUCUUCUUAAAAUUUAAUUUAUGCUCCAGGCCAGUCUGUAUUUCAGAUGUACAGUGCAUAUUCAUUUAAAUAGAUUUUGCUGGGGCUUUCUUUCAUAAGACUUCAGAGAAGACAUUCGCAUUAGCCACUGUUUAGCUGGACCUCGUUACAUUAAUGAUCUCAGCUUUUUUUCAGCACCUGCAGUAAUUCUGGGACUGAGCCUCAUUUAGAGCAAUAGUUGCUUUGAAAUAGUUAUUCAGUUACAUCAUUAUUCUUGCAAGUUUUAAACCAUACCGGUUCUUGCCUCGCCCUUAAAAGUAUCCUUAGAACCUGGCAUGGCUUCUUCCACUGAAACAGAGCAGGCGAGAGUCAGUGAACAGCAGCAGGAAAUCCCCCUGGUCCCCAGGUAGUUCCUGCUGCUUUGCAGUGGCACAGCCAGCACAAGCCCUUUUCAUGAUCAACAAAGAUCAACGACGUAGGGGGAGAAAAACUUUUCCUGAAAUGUAGAAAACAGAGAGCAUGAAACUAAACUAAAUUCCAAGUCUGGCAGGAACUGCUGAAAACAGCCACCCACAGACUUUGGACUUAGCUUGGGAAGCCUCGGUUUCUGCGAGUCGGCUGUGUUUGCCAUUGUUUAAAUUCAAUAAAGUCUGUGCAGCUUUGCUAGUAAUAA